AUGCAGAUCACCCGCACGCUCGUUCUCGCUACCCUCGCUGUUGGCAUUGCAGCUCGUCCCGUCGAGCUCGAGACACGGGACCCGCAGGGCUCCGGCAAGGCGGUCAACUCUCAGAACCCGGGGCUAUACGAUGUCUUCCACAUCUAUUCCCAAGAGAUGAAGGCGAUGUACAUUGCGAAGAAGGGGAACGCGGGAGGUGCAGGCCGUGCACCUCGUCGGGAACGUCGUGCUGCGUACAAACAUUAUGCUGCGGCUGAGGCCAUGAAGAAAGCAGUCGGUGGCCGGAGCCCGGAGAAGUUGAACUAA